AUGGCGGCAACAGGUCCCAUUACUCCGCCAGUUGAGGAGGGCAAGUUGCUCAGCGAGUCGCUGAGUACCGUCAAGAUACAGGUCCAGCAGAUGAAGAGGCAUCUGGAGCUGGAUCAGCUCAUGGACGCACUGAAGAGUGCUAGUCUCAUGCUGGCUGAACUGCGCACCUCAUCGCUCUCACCGAAGCAAUACUAUGAACUAUAUAUGGCUGUUUUCGAUGCUCUUCGUCACUUAUCGAAUUAUCUAUACGAAGCUCAUACCCAGGGCCGACAUCACCUGGCAGACCUCUACGAGCUUGUACAAUAUGCUGGGAACAUCGUGCCCCGCCUCUAUCUCAUGAUCACCGUUGGUUCCGUCUACAUGUCUAUUGCAGACGCACCAGUGAAGGAGAUCAUGAAAGACAUGAUGGAGAUGUCGCGCGGUGUCUUGCACCCUAUCCGAGGAUUAUUCCUUCGGCACUAUCUCAGCGGGCAGACAAGGGAUCACCUACCAGUUGGCAUUGACCCAGGACCCUGCGGCAAUCUGCAAGAUUCCAUCUCAUUCGUGCUGACGAAUUUCAUUGAGAUGAACAAGCUAUGGGUUCGACUACAACAUCAGGGGCACUCGCGUGACCGUGAAAAGCGCGAGUUGGAGCGCAAAGAGCUGCGCAUACUUGUUGGCACGAACCUCGUCCGUUUGAGCCAGCUCGAUGGCGUAGACCUCAACAUGUAUCAACAAAUUAUCCUGCCCAGCAUCUUGCAGCAAGUCGUGAGCUGCAAGGAUGUCAUUGCCCAGGAAUACCUUAUGGAAGUUGUCAUCCAGGUGUUCACAGACGAGUUCCACCUGCACACGCUUGGGCCAUUUCUCUCUGCAACAGCUCAGUUGCAUCCGAAGGUCAACAUCAAACAAAUCGUUAUUGCGCUUAUUGACCGUCUUGCCGCGUAUGCUGCUCGCGAGGCCGAGAACGAGGACCCUGAGGAGACGAAACGGCAGGAAGAGGCUGCAGCACGCCGGCUGGCCGAGAAGGUCAAAAUCCAGAAAGCGAAGUUACGGCAAAAUGGGCACGUCAAUGGGUCCUCGACGCCGGCUACUGAGUCCGUGGCUACAGACAGCCUAGAAUGGGGGUCCGCGCCGCAGAGCCCGACGGUUGUCAACGUGACUGACAAGGAGUCCGAGGCUGCAUCAGUGGAUGGCACGGAAGACGGAGAAGGCGAGAAGGUAUCGAAGGGAAAGGAGAAAGAACAACAGGCCCUGCGCAAGUUCCGGGGUGUCCCCGAGGAUGUGAAGUUGUUCGAGGUUUUCUGGCAGCAGGUUGUGGAACUCAUCAAAGCGCGUCCGGACCUGUCUAUACAGGACAUCACAGCGCUUCUCGUUUCAUUGACCAAUCUCUCGUUGAGUUGCUAUCCGGAUAGGCUGGAGUAUGUCGACCAAGUACUUUCCUUUGCGCAUGACAAGAUCAAGGAGUUCCGGGACAGUCCUGAUCUGCACUCACCACCGGCAACUGCGAACCUUGCGGCGUUGCUGGUUGCACCGAUCAACUCAUACCAAUCUGUCCUGACGCUCCUCGCUUUGCAACAGUACGCGCCGCUACUGGCCUUGCAGCCAUUCUCCACACGACGCUCGCUCGCGCACGCGUUAAUUUCUUCUGUGCUCAAGAACGAGACCGUUAUCGAAGCCUCAGAGGACGUGAACGGUAUUCUCGAACUGUGCCAUGUGCUCAUCCGCGACCAGACGGACUCUGGAAAUGCGCCUGCAGUCCCGAAGGAGUCAAGGAGGGGUGUGUACCAUCCCACAGAGCGGGAGGAAAUGGCAGAGGAGCAGGGAUGGAUUGCGAGAAUGGUACAUCUGUUCAGGGCCGAGUCCCUAGAUGUGCAGUUCGAGCUGCUGCAAACUGCGCGUCGGCAUUUUGAGACGGGCGGCGAUCGAAUGCGCUAUACAUACCCUGCGCUCAUCACUGCCACGAUCAAACUCUGUCGGAGAUACAAGAACAGGGAACAUCUGGAGGACGACUGGCAGAGCAAAGUCUCAAACAUCCUCAAAUUUAUUCGGCAGCUCAUCUCCAUCCUCGGCACCCAAGUCGAAGCACCUUCAAUCGCGCUGCGCCUCUAUCUUCUUGCUGCGCAAGUCGCAGACGAAUGCGGCUUCGAGGAUGUCACUUACGACCUCUACGUUGGGGCAUUCACAAUGUAUGAGGACAACAUCUCGGAAAGCCGCGCUCAGCUUCAAGCAAUCACCCUUAUCAUUGGCACGUUGCAGGGCGCGCGAGUGUUCACAGUGGAAAAUUACGACACAUUGGUCACGAAGGCGGCUUUGCAUGGCGCAAGACUACUCAAGAAGCCGCAUCAAGCAACUGCGGUGAACCUCGCAAGUCACUUGUGGUGGCAGGAGGCACCGGAGGAAGAGGCGCCGGUAGCCUCUCCUGAUGCCGAGAAGUCAGUAACGUUGAACGAGAAGGCUGACGGUACAGCGGAGAGCUCCGUCAAGGCGUUCCCUCACCAAGACAGCAAACGGGUGCUGGAGUGCCUUCAAAAAGCGUUGCGCAUCGCUGGCUCGGCGAUUGAAGAGAUCGUCACGAUACAGCUGUACUGCGAUACGCUCGACCAAUACCUGUAUUACCUUGAUCGUGGAGCCUCCGCUGUGACGCCCAAGUUCGUCAACAGCCUUGUCGACCUUAUCACUUCCUCUAUCGACAACAUUGCUUCGCCUGAGGUGCACCCAUCACAGCGCGCGCCCCCGGGGUUGCUCGAGGGCGUGCAAACUCCGGAUAUGAUCACGCGCCACUUCCGCAAUACGCUUAUGUAUAUUCAAACGAAGAAGAAUGCUGCUUCCGAGAACCUGGCCGUGACCGCACGCUGGGACGAUGUAGACAUCGUUGGCGCGAUGCUGAAGAUGGGCAUCGGUGCGCGGUAAACAAAGUUUCAGUGAUCAUGGAACGGAUUUGGUGCGGAGCAUGGAACCUGCGUUUGAGGGGCGGAUGUGUACAUAUCAUAUUUCUUUUGCAUAUAAUGUUUGUAUGUGCUACUGGUUUUCGU